AUGGCUAAUACAAUCCUUCUUGGUAUCCCUUUAGUUUCCUGGAGGAUGGUGCUAGUGUUAGGAGAUAAACUUCCAGUGAUGACUGCCUGUAAAGGCAGUGGAAGGAGUAACAGAUCUGGUUACCCACACGGUGAUGUUUCAGAUCGUGCUGGAAGCAUCAGUACUCUUGAUUCCUUGGAUUUUGCAAGAUACUCUGAUGACGGCAAUAGGGAAACGGAUGAAAGAGUAGCAGUCCUGGAGUUUGAACUACGGAAAGCCAAGGAGACCAUACAGGCCCUCCGAGCCAACCUGACUCAGGCUGCAGAAAAUGAAGUUCCUUUGCAGGAACGAAAAAAUUAUAAAUCAAGUCCUGAAAUUCAGGAGCCAAUCAGACCUCUUGAGAAAAGAGCUCUAAACUUCCUAGUUAAUGAAUUUUUAUUGAAGAAUAGUUACAAGCUUACAUCAAUAACGUUUUCAGAUGAAAAUCAUGAUCAGGAUUUUGAACUUUGGGAUGAUGUAGGAUUGAACAUUCCAAAACCUCCUGACCUGUUACAACUCUAUCGUGACUUUGGGAACCAUCACGUUUCAACGAGAGAUGUAGUGGAUGUAUCAGUUGGUGUAGAAGAUGAUGAAUUAGAGGCUGCUACUCCUAUACUUGGAAGCGUCCCUGUAUUUGAAACAACACCACAGCCAAUAGAACAAUGUUUAAUAGUGCAAAAAUUAGAAGAUCAAAUUAGUGUGUUAAACAGUGAGAAAUGGUCUUUGAUGGAACAAAUCCAAAGACUUGAGAGUGAAAUAGAUUUUCUCAAGAAUGAAAACUUCCCUGUGUCGACAGUUUAUGGUGUAGCUCCACAUCCUUCUUUAAAACAAGUGCCUCUCACGGUCUCAGAGGACAAUGGACGGUACUUGGAUAUCAAGAGCUCUGAGAAUGACAAACAUGGAAACAGUGAGGAAACAAGCCUUUCUUUAUCAGCUGAAGUGGAUUCAAGGACUUCUAAAGAUGAUACACUAAACUCUAUGCCCUGUAAAGAAACAGAGAAACUGUCAUCUUGUGCUGCAUCAACUAAAGCUGCAGUCCACUUCGAUAAACCCAAUAGGAAAUUGUCACCAGCUUUCCAUCAGGCACUACUGUCUUUCUGUCGGAUGUCAGCAGACAGCCGCUUGGGAUCAGAGGUAUCUCGGAUUGCAGAUAGUGAAAAAAGUGUCAUGUUAAUGUUGGGACGCUGCCUGCCUCAUAUUGUUCCUAAUGUGCUGCUUGCAAAGCGAGAGGAAUUGAUCCCACUCAUACUGUGUACCGCCUGCCUCCAUCCUGAGCCCAAAGAGAGAGAUCAGCUUCUGCACAUACUGUUCAACUUGAUCAAACGACCAGAUGAUGAGCAAAGACAGAUGAUACUGACUGGGUGUGUGGCAUUUGCUCGACAUGUUGGACCAACACGAGUGGAAGCCGAGCUUUUACCACAGUGUUGGGAACAGAUCAACCACAAAUACCCAGAGAGACGGCUACUGGUAGCAGAAUCCUGUGGAGCUCUGGCACCUUACCUUCCAAAAGAAAUUCGUAGUUCAUUAGUACUUUCCAUGCUGCAGCAAAUGCUAAUGGAAGAUAAGGCAGAUUUGGUACGAGAAGCUGUGAUCAAAAGCCUUGGUAUCAUUAUGGGAUACAUUGAUGAUCCAGACAAAUAUCAACAGGGCUUUGAACUGCUGCUUUCAGCUUUAGGAGACCCUUCAGAACGCGUAGUUAGUGCAACGCAUCAGGUAUUUUUACCUGCUUAUGCUGCCUGGACAACAGAACUGGGAAACUUACAGUUCCAUCUUAUACCUACAUUGCUUAAUAAAAUUGAAAAAUUGCUCAGGGAAGGAGAGCAUGGCUUGGAUGAACACAAGCUCCACAUGUAUCUGUCUGCUCUGCAGUCAUUGAUUCCUUCGCUGUUUGCACUGGUGCUACAGAAUGCACCUUUCACAAGCAAGGCUAAACUUCAGGGAGAAAUACCACAAAUAGAAGUCACUAGGUUUCCCCGACCGGUAUCGCCUCUUCAGGAUGUGGCCAUCAUCAUUGGGAGCCGCGAGCAAUUAGCAGUGUUGUUGCAACUGUAUGACUAUCAGCUAGAACAUGAGGGUACCACAGGCUGGGAGACUUUGCUAUGGGUAGUCAAUCAAUUGCUACCACAGCUUAUAGAAAUAGUUGGCAAGAUCAAUGUAGCAUCAACUGCCUGUGUCCAUGAGUUCUCUAGAUUUUUCUGGAGACUUUGUAGGACAUUUGGGAAAAUUUUUACAAACACUAAGGUAAAACCACAGUUUCAGGAAAUCUUAAGACUGUCUGAGGAAAAUAUAGAUUCCACAGCAGGUAACGGAGUGCUAACGAAAGCCACAGUUCCCAUCUAUGCAACAGGGGUCCUUACGUGUUAUAUUCAGGAAGAAGACCGCAAGCUGUUAGUUGGAUUCUUAGAAGAUGUAAUGACCAUGCUUUCGCUAUCCCAUGCUCCUCUUGAUAGCCUGAAAGCUUCCUUUGUGGAACUGGGUGCGAACCCAGCUUAUCAUGAGCUGCUGUUAACUGUCUUAUGGUAUGGAGUUGUCCAUACUUCUGCUCUUGUUCGAUGUACAGCUGCUAGAAUGUUUGAGCUGACUCUUCGAGGCAUGAGUGAAGCCUUAGUUGACAAGCGGGUUGCUCCGGCCCUUGUUACCUUGUCCAGUGAUCCUGAAUUUUCAGUGAGAAUUGCAACAAUUCCUGCUUUUGGGACCAUCAUGGAAACCGUUACUCAGAGAGAGCUUCUGGAAAGAGUAAAAAUGCAGCUGGCAUCUUUCCUGGAGGACCCUCAAUAUCAAGACCAACAUUCUUUACAUACAGAAAUCAUAAAAACAUUCGGAAGAGUUGGACCUAAUGCUGAGCCCAGAUUUAGAGAUGAAUUUGUUAUUCCACACUUGCACAAGUUAGCCUUGGUCAACAACCAGCAGUCUGUGGACUCUAAGAGGCUGGAUAUCGCUACACACCUGUUUGAAGCCUACAGUGCUCUUUCCUGUUGUUUUAUUUCAGAGGAUUUAAUGGUUAAUCACUUUUUACCAGGACUGAAGUGUUUACGAACUGACAUGGAACACCUCUCGCCAGAGCAUGAG